AUGGCAGCUAAGUUUCUUCUUCUGGUGCUAAUCGGUGCGCUUGCUUGCACUGCAACCGCAAGGAGGAUUGAAGUGGAGAAGCGUGGAGGAGCUGACAUGGAGCCGACAAACUGGAAGUGGCAUCACCACUCGCCACAUUUUGGCGGCAGAGUAGGGAGCGGCGGUGGAGGGUUUGGCCAUGCUCCUGCUGGUGGCUUGGGCAGUGGAGCGGCGGCUGGUGGUGGUAGUGGGAGUAAAGUUGGUUCUGGGAAUGGCGGAAGUGGUGGUGGUGGUGGUGGUGGAGCUGGUGGCAGCGUAGGCUUUGGAUCAGCUGGACUCCUGCCUUGA